AUGGUUUUCACAUACGAAAUCCGAGGAGACUAUAUAGUCUAUGUUGGAAUCGAUAAAUACGAGAAUGAGGAAUUGAUCAAAUGUGCACUUCCACAAGACAUCUGGUUUCAUGUUGACUCUGAGUCAUCUGCCCACGUCUAUUUGAGGCUCAAAGACAAGGACACAUUAGACACAAUACCCGAAGACACUCUUGAAGACUGUUGCCAGUUAGUCAAAUCUCGAUCGAUUAAAGGCUGCAAAUUACACGACGUUGUGAUAGUAUACACCCCCGCGUCUAACUUAAAAAAGACAAAUGGGAUGGACGUUGGACAGGUUGGGUUCUUCAAUGAGAAGCUCAGGAAGUAUAAAAAGAUAACAAAGGAAAAUGUUGUUGUCAACCGAAUUGAAAAAACAAAGAAGGAAAAAACACUGGAAGAGCAUAAAAAGGAUUGGACGGAUUAUCAGGCCGAACUUAAAAGGAAAAGAGCGAAGGAAUAUGAAGAAAAGAAAAAGGAAAUUGAAGACACAAGAAGGUCUAAAGAAGAACAACGACUUUUGUCAUAUUCAGAUGUCAUGGUUAACGAGAACAUGACCUCAAAUGAUCAAGUUGAAGACGAGGACGACUUUAUGUGA